CGUAGUGUACCAGCGUCGAAGAUGCACACUAGCUUACUUAAUAACAAGCUUACCGAGCUAGGCGGUGGAAUUGUUUCGGCUUAAUCAUUGGAAUCCCAUUACCGCUUGCUUUUUGUAGGACUACAGGUUUUGCGGCGCACAUUGGAAGUCGGUGUCCCAACGAUUGCAGGAACCGUUUUGACAUGUUCAAGUGAAAAUUGGCAAUUUCACGGUUGUCGCAGUGGAGCCGCCCAUUAAUGUAUGAAUUUCAAGAGCCGCCAUCGGGGCAGUGGCCAUCAGAGCCGCAGAGAGGAGGUGCUGCCCGAUUCAGAACCGGGGGAAGCGCUACGGGGACUGGAUCAAGCACGAUGGGGGGUGCGAUGGGACCGGUUCUGCACUGGCUAAACGAUGUGGCAGCCGUGACUCUUCUGAAGGCCCGGAGGACUUUAUUCCAAGCUGCUGUACUUUUCUGUGUUCUGGGUCUGCUGCUCUGGGUGUCCAUUUUCCUGUAUGGCAGUUUCUAUUAUUCCUACAUGCCCACCGUGAGCUUCUCCGCACCUGUGCACUUCUACUACAGCUCUGACUGUGAUGCGUCAGAAUCAGAACUUUGCUCAUUCCCAACGGCCAACAUCUCCCUUUUGAAGAACAACAGGGACCAGGUGAUGGCUUAUGGCCAACCGUAUCGAAUAUCUUUGGAGUUGGAGCUGCCAGAGUCUCCGGUGAAUGAACAUCUGGGCAUGUUUAUGGUCAAGAUGUCAUGCUACACCAAAGAUGGGACGAUGGUGUCAUCUGUUCGACGUUCAACAAUGCUACAUUACCGCUCGACCCUUUUGCAGACACUCAGCACUUUCUUCUUUUCUCCUCUACUCUUGACUGGGAUGGCUGAACAGAAGCAGCUAAUAGAAGUCGAGCUCUUCUCUGCGUACAAGACCAACAGUUAUCAACCAACUGUCGGUACAGUCAUCGAGAUCCAGUCUAAGCGUGUGCAGAUCUACUCUUCCCAGCUCCGCAUCCAUGCAUACUUCACCGGUGUUCGUUAUGUUCUGUAUAACUUCCCCCUGACAUCUGCGGUGAUCGGGGUGGCCACCAACUUUGCCUUCCUUGGCGUGAUUGUGGUUUUCAGCUACCUGCAAUUUGUAUGGGGUGGGCUCUGGCCCCCGGAUCAGGUACGUGUCAAAGUCAUGAUGGGGGACAGUACCCGCAUGCAGCAGAGAAGAGAGGAGGUGAAGAAGCGCAUGGAGAAAGAAAAUUCCCAGAAGGAGCUGGAUUCCCCAAGACUGAUCGGAUCUUUGAAUGAUGCAUCUGAUGACCAGGCUGAUGACACAGUGGUUGAGCAGUCAUCAAAGGCAUCCGUUGUAGAUGUAAAUGCCACUGAACCCGGUGUUCCUAAUUCUGAAAAAGAUGUGUCUUCUGACUCUGUAUUGCCUGAGGCGAUAGACCAGAGUGAGACAACACUCCGACAGAGGUCUGGUGCAUCAAAAAGCCUUUAGACUAAGGGCCAUCCUGAAAUUAAGAGUACAUAGAGUGCAUACAGUAUACAUUACUGAAAUCAUUCCACUGAAUAUAGUUGCAGACCUUAAUACAGGCAAACACCCACUAUUAGAGGUCAAGUAUAUGUAGAUCAGUCAGAGCACAUUAUGCAUAUUGUUUUAACAAAAAAAAAAAUGCUUUACUCCUACAACCUGUCUUCACUCUACAACAAAUAUCUGUAAAAAUGUUACACCACUUGUUUUCUUUUUUUUUCUUUUUUUCUUUUAUUAAAGCUAACACAUGCACUUAAGAAAAAGUCAUAUUACAAAUGUGGAACGUCUCCAAGACAUGUUACUUUUUUCCACAAAUGUCUUUACAAGCAAUUACCGUAGAAAAAUAGUACAUUUGUUUUUAACAGUUUCUAAGGGGCUUCAUGGAUCUGUUGCGUGAAUCAUUCUUCUCUUGCACAAAGAGACAUUUUGUCAGAUUUACAAUGUGCAGACACAAUGUAAUGGCUGAAAACAGUAUUUAUUGCUUCACAGG